GUCAGUCUCUCUCCAAAUGAGUGAAAAGCCCGGGGGCUGUGACAAAUCCUGAAAGCGGAGGAGCCAUCCUCCCUACAGCACAGCAAGAGGUUCGAUCCCCCCCACACGGUCCAUCCUCUGGAGGGUGAGAGGUUGUGUGGAUGACCGCAGAGCGCAUCCCCCCCUGAAGCACAGCAGAGGACGCGUGUGGAUACAUGGAAUAAACUCAGUCCCACCAGCCAUCAUGACAGGAAAGUUAGAUGGGAAAAAGAAGUGGGCGGCGGUCAGGGAUCGCCUUGGCUCCUCGCAGGACUCCGACACCCAACAGGAAGCCAACCUGGAGAGCGCCGACCCAGAGCUGUGCAUCAGGCUGCUGCAAGUUCCCACUGUGGUGAACUACUCGGGGCUGAAGCGUCGCCUGGACGGCAGCGACCGGACAUGGAUGGUCCAGUUCUUGGAGCUCAGCGGGCUGGAUCUGCUCCUGGAAGCCCUGGACCGGCUCUCGGGGCGCGGAUGUUCCCGCAUCGCAGACGCCCUGCUGCAGCUCACCUGCGUCAACUGCGUGCGGGCAGUCAUGAACUCCUCUGCAGGGAUCCACUUCAUUAUAGAGAAUGAGGGAUACAUUCGGAAGCUGUCACAAGCCUUGGAUACGUCCAACAUCAUGGUGAAGAAGCAGGUGUUUGAGCUACUCGCAGCCCUCAGCAUGUUCUCCAGAGAUGGACACCGCCUGGCUCUGGAUGCCCUGGACCAUUACAAGGGCGUGAAGACGCAGCAAUAUCGCUUCAGUGUGAUCAUGAACGAGCUGCAGGCGACAGAUAACGUUCCCUACAUGGUCACACUCCUCAGUGUCAUCAACGCCCUCAUCUACGGCAAAGACGACCUCAGGCAGAGAGAUAAGAUGAGAAAGGAGUUUAUCGGGCUUCAGUUACUUGAUAUUCUGCCAAAGUUACGGUGA